UUUAUUCUAUUUUCAAACCCUAAUGGUUUUUUUGUCUUAAUUGUUAUCUCUAGAGCAUUUGUGAGGAAUGAUGAGUAUCGACCCUAUGGCCAGGAUGAUGAUGCUCUCCAACCAGCUCUAAGAAGUAACGCAAUUGUUAUGAAUGAGCUACGAACAUGGCAGCGGCUACAGAAAUCCCAGUCCAUACUUAUGGAUGGUCCUUUCACUCUAACUGGAUUUAGGGUGCAAGUUUAUAGACAAACUUGUAGACAGUGGUUCUCAGCUGUGAUAACUGCACAUGACAUUAUGUCAAGGGAGCUAAGUGUCAUGGAUGAUACAGUAUUACAGACUCAUAGAGUUAAUCCAAAGCUUAUCCAAGUCAUUCUUCUUGCAAAUGAGGCAGAGCUGGAUAGUCUUUUGCGAGGAGAGCUUGUUCGAGUGUUGCCAAUGAGACAGCAUCGCCACUCACAAGUUAUCAUCACUGCACCACUGGCAACACAAACACAAACUAAUUCUCUUUCUUCAGUGGCUCCAUCCACGUGGCAGUUGUAUGCUGGACUAACCCAGGCCACAAACUCAAACAGUCUGCCAAACUGCACACAACCAGGAUACCAAGGACCUGUGUCAACCACAAGCACUAGGCUAAGCACAGCAUCUUCACCUGUGAACUCACAAACUCCAAGCUCCACCAAAGAGAGGAGAAAGUCCACUGAAACAAGGUAUCAAAUUUGUGUAACCAGUGUGGGUUGGCAUAAUUCUCAUGUUAACCUGCAUAGCUGGGUACACUGUACUUUAUAGGUAUGACCUAUCCAAGCUUGCUGAGCUUGGAUGAUGAUUCACAAGCCUGUCUGGUUCAUUAAAAAACAAAGCCAAGCCAAAACCUAGCCUGAUCAAUGCAUUCCUAAAACAGUGCUUGCUUAUUCAAAGUUUGCAUACGAGCCAAGUGGCCAAUCAAGCUGGAGGUUAUUCCAGUUUCUGUAGCAUGA